AUGUUUAAAAUAUUAAAUGAAGAGCCUCGCACAAUCUAUGACUGCUUCAAAUUGCUGUAUAAAGUGCUCUAUUACACCGGCUGUGUAAGUUUCAAACAAAAAGACGGAAAACUGGUCAUUGAUUUGUCGUCUAUUAUUUAUACAUACAUAGUUCGAGUGAUAUUAAUAGUUGGAUUUGUGGGAGGUUUUGCAUUAAAACUAAACGAUAAGGAUAGUGCCCAGGCGAUGUUUGGUCGACUAACACCUGUAACAAAGUUCAUCUUGACUUUUGAAUGUUUGGCCAAUUUAAUUACAUACAUCGAAGCGACAUUAAUGAUCGAUGCACAAAAGCGUAACUUAAUACAGCUUAUGUCUGAGUUCGAACACUUAGAUAGAAGUCUACAGAUCGACUAUCCGUUCAUUAAAUGGAACUAUCAGAAAACAAUGCGAAAGUAUGCUCCAACAACAAUUGCAAUUUUUAUAUAUUUCAGCAUUGUAUCAUUGAGUUAUGUCUUUAAUUUAUCGGGUUGCUACUGCGGAAUACCAACCACUUUUCUAAUAGGUGCUACUUACACCAGCAUAACAGUUGCAACCGGAAGUGUGGGGUUUAUACACAUUGCCAAAAUGGAUUUGCUUCGUUUACGUUAUCGCCUCAUUUCACACUUAGCACAACAAACAAGUAACAGUUCUGGAACACAGAAUCAAAAGUCAGUUAUAACAAAUUUAAAAUUAUACUGCAGGAAGUAUACAGAGUUGAUUAUAAACAUAAAUAAUGUUUUCGGUUAUGUUUCUGCAGCAGGCAUUUUCCACGAUUUUAGCAUAUUAACAAGUCUAUUGUUUCUAUUAUGUCAGAAGGCUUCAACUGCAACAACAAAGACUACUGAAUAUACGUUCGUUAUACUUCUUCUCUUACCCCACUUCUAUAAACUCGUUAUGACAGCUAUUUAUGGUUACUUGACUGAGGAGGAGCAAAAAAAAUGUUUGCACAUUUUGAUGAUCCGACAAACCGAUGAUCAGGAAUGGUUUCUACACUGGAAAACACACAAUAACUAUAAACUGUACAUUGGAAGUACGAUACGUUGCAAUUUAAAUGUUAUUUAUAUGGUUUUACAUGGUAUUACAAAUUAUGUCAUCAUAUUAAUUCAACUUCAAUUCCAAGAAAAUACCAUAACUAAUAACAUGAAAAAUCAUGAAUCUCCUAAGAAUGUGGAAUAUGUAAAAUUAUAA